AACCCCUACAGUGGACUAUGAAUUGACACGCGAUGCACGCACCGACACACACUGGCACACCUAAACGCGUACGGAGUGUUUCAGGUGCCCUUCAAAUAUGAGUUACUCUCAGAAACGUGCGAAAAGCUACCGAUGACCUACAUGCAUCGCUUCUGAAUUACUCUGUCAUCUACAAAACGCUGCCCACCAUCGGUAGACAACUGACUUCACCUUCAUCAGCAUCCGUCGUUCCUUUUUCAUAAGCGCGGGACAGCUUUGCGGAAGCCACUGUAUAAAACGCCGGCAGGAUGGCGGAGCUGAAGUCACGGAGCAAUGAGAACGUGAAUAAGGAGGCAGAUGAACAGAAGAAGAUGGAGGAGGUGGCAGCAGAAGGCAGCCCCAAAGAAGAGACCCCUCCUGACACAAAUGAAAAGGUCAAGCUAAAGCGGAACAUCACCUUGUUCAACGGUGUUGGCAUGAUUAUUGGCACAAUAAUUGGCUCGGGCAUCUUCAUCACCCCCACUGGCGUGGUGAAGGAGACAGGCUCGGCGGGCCUCUCGCUGAUCGUAUGGGCUGUGUGUGGCAUAAUCUCCACCAUGGGUGCCCUGUGCUACGCUGAGCUGGGAACCACCAUCACCAAGUCAGGCGGGGACUACACAUACAUCCUGGAGGUGUACGGCAAGCUGGUGGCUUUCCUGAAGCUCUGGGUGGAGAUGCUGAUUAUACGGCCAUCUUCACAGUACGUGGUGUCCUUGGUCUUUGCCACCUACCUCCUCAAACCCCUCUAUCCGGAGUGUAACGUGCCCGAAACCGCUGCCAAACUAAUCGCCUGCCUUUGCCUCACCUUGUUGACAUUCGUCAACUGCAUCAGUGUGAAAGCUGCAACAAAAGUACAGGACGUCUUCACUACAUCUAAACUCAUCGCACUUGGGAUCAUCAUCGUCUUUGGCUUCAUCCAGAUUUUUCGGGGUGACAUCCCCUAUCUGAAACCAGACCUUGCCUUUGAAGGCAGUAAGAUGGGAGUGGACAACAUUGUUCUUGCCCUUUACAGUGGCCUGUUUGCUUUUGGAGGCUGGAAUUAUUUAAACUACGUUACAGAGGAAAUGAUUGAACCAGAGAAAAAUCUGCCUCUGUCCAUUAUCAUCUCCAUGCCUAUUGUGACAGUGGUGUAUGUAUUGACCAAUCUGGCGUAUUUCACCACCAUCUCCCCACAUGUGAUGGUUAACUCUGAAGCAGUGGCUGUGAUCUUUGGCGAAUAUCACCUCGGCGUCAUGUCUUGGCUCAUCCCUGUCUUUGUGGGGUUGUCCUGCUUCGGCGCCGUCAAUGGAAGCCUGUUCACUUCUGCUCGGCUGUUCUAUGCAGGGGCUCGCGAAGGGCAGCUCCCUGCUGCGCUGGGUUUAGUGCACACUGACCUUUUCACUCCUGUGCCAUCCCUCAUUUUCACUUGCUUCCUGUCCAUGAUGUACGCCUGCUCCAAGGACAUAUUCUCUGUCAUCAACCUGUUUAGCUUCUUCACCUGGCUCUGUGUGGGUUUGGCCAUCCUUGGCAUGCUCUGGCUACGGUGGAAGAAGCCUGAGCUAAGGAGGCCUAUCAAAAUCUGCAUAUUAAUCCCUGUGACAUUUGUCUUGGGCUGCGUCUUCAUGAUUGUCGUGUCCUUUUGGGCGGCCCCUUUUGAAUGCCUUAUUGGUUCUGGGAUCAUCCUGACUGGCAUCCCCUUCUACCUCCUGGGAUACAAGUGGAAGAAACCUCAUGUUGUGCAGAAGAUCCUGGAAAUAUUUACAAUGUUUUGUCAGAAGAUUUUCAUGUCUGUUCCGGAAGAGCGUGGAACAUCUAAGUGAUGAUUUACAAGCAAAGGUUUGACCACGACACAAAACCUUUCUUUGUGCUUGCUUCGAAUACAUGUUUACAUGGUUGCUGUGUGUGUAACAGCCUGGGUUUGUGUAGUGUUUGUUUGCGAGGUCUGGCAGUAUGCAAGGCUCCUUGACUAUGGCGAUUCUUUUAACCCCUUCUACCUGACGAAAUAGAAACGUGAUGAAACUUGUUGGUUUUGUCUGUACAGCUUGUUACAUUGUUUCAUGAAUAGCCAUUUCGGGUUGGCCUGUAAAUGCCAGUCAAUGACUUCUCGAGUAACAAUCAUACAUUGAGUCAAGGUUUCAGUUGUAAAGAAAUGACUUGCAACAACCAGUAUACAUUCCUUGACAUAUUUUAAGUGGAUUAAGAAACAAACGUGUAAAUCCAGGGAAUACAUGCAAUUAUUUUCUGUGAUAUAAAUUUAAGUAGGUUUAAGUGCUACCUAUUGUUUUAUCUUGUUUAAUUCUGUCUUAAAUGACAAAAAAAACUGAGCAUUGCAUUUUCUUUACCAUAGAUUAGAUAUUAUAUUUACUAUUGUAGGAUUAGAUCAGAGUAAAUGUUUCCAGUAAUAUAGCAUUAAAUCAUAGCAUUUUUGUUCUUCAACACUAAAAGCUGAACAGUUUACAGGUAUAGUGCACAACAUAGGAUAUCCUGACCAAAAUUUAUACCCACUGCUGACUGUACCAUCUAGAUGUGGUCACGAGCACAACAAAAUGUGGAACAGCUACAAUACUAUUAUCAAUAAACCAGCAUGAAAUGUUUGGGCAAGGAGCCUGGAAAAACCAAUGGUGGUCAGUUUUUUUUCAGUUAGUGUUCAUUUUGAUUUGUCAAUAAUGUGCCAACAUUGUGCCAAUGAUGGGAGUGUUUUACUAAGAAAAAAUACAUUAAGAAGCAUUUGAAAUGUAGCGUGUAUCGUUGAUUUAACAUUGUUUAGUUAUUCAUCUAGUAUACCUAUGGCAAGUAAAUCCUUGAGCUGUAUACAUAAUCGUGUCGUUCAAUAUUUGUUUUGUACUUUUUGUAAAGUAUUGCAAUGACAAUGUUGUACUACUGUCCACCAGUCACUGUCAGUAUCUUUGGCAGGCACUUAUACUAUUAAAGUAUUUUAAUCUAAAAUUGCAA